AUGGAAUCACCUUCAACUGAUAUUCGAAAAUUUGUUGUUAAUGCAAGUGCUUACAACCAGAGACGUGAUACUAUUGGUCUGAAAAAGGAAUUAGAGGCUUUAAUACCUGAAAAAGAAUAUUGGACAAUAUUUAGAGCUUUUUUAAAUGGUCACUGUGAUAGAAGAAUAUAUAAUGAUGUAAUGGAAAGACAUUUAACUACACCAAAAGCCAGAAAACUACAUAAUGAUUUUAUCAAAGCGAUUUACUAUAAUGCGAACUUCACAAUGCUGCCACCUCCAGGUUUUACAAUACAUAAAAGAGAAAAACUAUAUUCUAUUCCUACAGAUUCAGUGAAAUUAGAACCUACGAAAAGUCGACAUUUCUCAUCAUAUAGAGCAUCUGAUCUUAGGUGCAUCCCUUCAAUUGAUCAACUCAAAAAACGUUUGGAAAAUGUCUGUUCGGAUUUAACCAUUCCAAAUGAAACAAUUCGAGUUAUUAAGUUUGAAUUAGCAAGAUAUAUCACAAACAUUCUUCGAGAAUGCUUAACAGUAGUGGAAAAACCUGAAUCAGCUCAGCGUUUACUCGUAAUAGAACCAAAACAUAUAAAACUCGUACUUACAGAAAAUCCUGCAAUGAUGCAAAUGCUGUCUUAUGAUUUGUUAUCGAGAUUCAGCGAGUAUCUUUAA